AGCCCAAGCUCUAACCUUUUUCGUAGAGAUUUUUAAAAAGGGCUAUGGGAUGUCUUGGUUGAAUCAAAACUCGAGAAGCGAAUUUAGGUCUCUGCAUCUCUCCUCUCGUCCAUCAUCGACCAGCCUUUUGCCUUAUCAUCCUCCAACACCCUUAUGGAUCGACCACCUCAUAGUUAUGCAGCUGCAUCUGCUAUGGCCUAUUCCCAACAGCAGCGGCAACCAGCCAAUAUUCAACAGCAGUUUGGAUUUCAUCCGCAACAUCAACAGUUCCCUACAACAGUGCACGGUCCACCUUUCAUACCUCCACAUCCUUCUCAGUUCCCUUACCAUCCCCACAUGCAACAGCAACCACAACUCCACCCACAUCCCUCUCUGCACCCUCAACUUCUUCAUCUUCAGCAGCAACAGCAACAGCAGCCACCACCUUCUUUCCCUUCACAUUUGCCUCCUCACCUUGUUUCUUCACCUUUCCAUGGCCUCUAUGAUUCUCCACCACCCCUUGCCACUCCCCCAUCUGAUACGGAGCUCCAGAAGCGUAUUGAUAAGCUUGUGGAGUAUGCAACUAAGAAUGGUCCCGAAUUUGAAGCCAUGAUCCGUGAAAAGCAGCAUGAUAAUCCUGAUUACAGUUUCCUCUUUGGUGGAGAGGGGAAUGGUUACUACAGGUACAAGCUUUGGUUAUCUACGCUUCCCCCAGGUGGACCCUACCCUUCCUUUCCACCCUCUUCUAUACCUAUGAUGCAUCCUCACCCAAAUCCUGUCAUGAAUCCUUCCCUGAACGCGCCUGCAAUGAGCGCUGCUGCUUCUGUUGGGGCUAUGGCUGCUCCUCAACUGCACCAACCCGCUUUUCCACCAUUUUAUGAUCAGCAGCACCAUCAUCAGCAUCCUCAGCCUUUUGUUACUCAUGGCCAGCCAGAGUAUGAUCAAUCCUUCAAAGGCCUUUCUGGUCCACUUCCCUCUGAUGUUGCAAUGGAGCUUACUACCAUACUUAACAAUCUAAAUGGUACCAAAGAGUCAAUCAAAAGUGCCAAGAUAUGGUUCAUGCAGAGGUCUCCAUUUGCACCAGCUUUGGCUGAGGCACUUAAAGAUAGGGUAUUUGCUUUGGAUGAUUCAGAGAGGCAAUUGCAUGUGAUUUAUCUCGCCAAUGACAUUCUUUUUGACAGUUUGCAGAGAAGGGUUAACCCUCGUGACCUAGAUAAUGAAGCCCUUGCAUUUAAACCUGUAUUAGGUUCAAUGCUUGCAAGAAUAUACCACAAUCCUCAAAACAAUGAGGAAAAUCAGUCACGUUUACAGAAAAUUUUGCAGUUUUGGGCAUCCAAGGAAGUUUAUGAUCAAGAUGCCAUAUAUGCACUUGAGAGUGAGAUGAUGAGUGGACCACCAACUAAUUCUUUUCCUGGGCCUCCAAAAGAAUUGUCUGCUGCUUCAGUCGAGUCCUCAACACCUGCAGGAAUAUUACCACAGACAGCGAACAAUAAUGUCACUCUAUGGCAGCCUGACAAGCAAAGUUCUAUUCCAAAUGUACUGGACCAAGAGCUCCCUGAUAAACAAGUGGCCACUGCCUUGCUACCAUCGCUGGCAAACCAGCAAUUUCUUCCAAAUUCAGUCCCUACUGGGGGCUUCCCAGGGUCUAUGCCCUUAAAUUCUAAUCUUCAGCCACCGAGCCUACAAUCUGCAAAUAUUGGUGAAAAGUUGCCCCCAUAUCCACUUUUCCCACCCGGUCUUAUUCCUGGAAUGGUCAGAAAAAUGCAAAUUGGGAGUGGGGUGCCUUACUCUCCCCUGAGUCCUUUGGAUAUCCCAACAGUUAUUCCUCCAUCCAGUGUAUCACCAUCAGAAAUUCUUGAUAGAGUAUCAAAGUUUUUCAAAGAGAUUGGAGAGGUUAACCCUUAUCAAGGAUCUUCAAAAGAUGAAGAUGAUGAGUAUGAGAUAGAACCUCCCACUCGUAAGGGAGGAGCUUGCAUCCCUCCACCCCCAAAUCUGCAGGUAGACCCAGAUUCAGGAACUUAUGCUGAUGGAAGUGCAGAGCGGAAACCAGGAUCCAGUGGCUUAGGAAGAUUAGGACUUGGAGCAACAGCUAAUCCCAAUGAAGCGAGUCAAUAUGAUGAUGUUUAUACAUCUUAUAGAAAACAGAGAAGCACCUCAUACCAUUCAUCCAUGAGUGCUCGAGCUGCUACGAGGUAAACCUGUCAAAUAUCACUGAAUGAUCCAUACAGGAUGGAAACCAAGGAGUACUUAAAUGGCUCAUUUCUUCUGCUUUUAUUUUUUAUUAUAAUUAUUACUCCUUUCAGCACGUAAGCAUGGAGGAAAACUGAAGUUGACUGAUUAUGCUAGUUAAAUUUUGGUUGGUAAAAUGUGUGCGCAUGCAUAGACCAUUAGGAGAUUUAAUUAAUUUUACCAUACUGUCAUGUAAGUAGUGUUCAAAAAAAGGGGCUUUUCGUUCUGCAUGUAAUGAACAUGAUUGGAGACACCUGACAAUCUAAAACAUCAUACAAUGACACGUGAAUAUGAUACAAAAAAAAUGAUACAAAGUUGACAUGAUUUAAAAUUUUAGUAAUAAUUAUAAAUGAGUUUAAUGAAAUUAAAAAAAAAUAAUGUUGUCGUGUCGAUAUCAAUUAUGAUACGUAAUUUUUUAUAUAAAAUGAGAU